AUGUACAGGGUAUUCUCCAGUCCGGCAGCACGGCAUGACGCUAUCCAGCAAGUCUUUGAUGAAGUGGAUGAUAAUGUUCAUUCAGACGAACUUCUCCAGAAGCUGUUUGAGAGUGGGGAAAUAGAAGAUAGUGUUAAUUUUAGUGAAAAGGAUGGAGAAGAAGAAUUUAUCAAUAAUCUCCGGAAUAAUCUCACCAAACCUAUGUCUAAAAUUGAUGCCUUCAUUGAAUAUGUGCUGAAAAAGAUUAACGAGCAAUGGAUGACUUUACUCUAUGCCGUAUUCCCCUUCCACCAAGUUCAGACUCUUGUCCUUAUAUGUCUCGUCCAGUUCAUAAGCGUUUCUUACAUGUUACAAGCGAUCCCCGUAGCUGCAGCAUUCAUAUCAUUUCUUGCUAUGGCUUACUUCACUCUCAAGAUGUUUCAUAAUAAGAGAAAUUCCUCCACGAAACAACGCCUGAAGGAUGCCGUAAGAAGUCUGUUAGGGCCAUCAGAACAGGAAGGAACUAUCGAUAACGGUGUCGAUCUGUUAUUCCAAACGAAUAAUAACUGGGAACCAUAUCUUAACUUCUUCAUAUCGUUGUCUGUUUUUAUUCUUUCGGUCGGAGCAGCCGAGAAGUAUCUUCCUCACUGCAGCAUUUUUUUCGUCUCUUCCUUAUUCUUCGCCAUCACCACUUUCACAAGUCUUACGGACACGACUGACAAAUAUGCCCUUUUUGCUAUGAUUGCCAAUUUGCUUUCCUGUUUACCUAUUUUGUUGUCUCGAAUGCAUUACUCUAUUGGAUCUUGGCGUAUAUGGAAGCCGAUUAUUCAAUUCCGAAUAAGUUACUUCAAUGUAGUUCUAGGAAUUCCUUCAUUCUGUUUGCUCUCCAUUCCUAUUUUAUACUCUAUCAUAAUCUUGAGAAAAGGGACGUGGAAAGAAUCGUGGCAACUCAUUGUUCCUCACAUUGUGUGCAUCAGCUGGUCUGAUGUGGCCAUGACUGUUCUCAUGAUAGGCUGGAAAAAUUUUGGAAUUUUUGAUGUCCUUUUUGUGUUAGGAGCAGCCUUCCUCUUUCUCUAUCCUUCUUAUUCUUUAACAGCCGGAGCCCUCUUAUCCGCGUUCCUCGUGACCCAGUUCACUCGUGCGAUUGAUUUCGUUUUCAUAAUCAAAGCACUUCUCACUGUUCUGCUGUUGUUUUCUCCGUUCAUUCUUUCGCGGCUAUGGAAAUGUAUUCCUUCUCUCGACAAAUUCAAAAACGAAUCUCGUACUGGAAAAUGGAUUUUAGCAUUCAUAUAUCUAUCUUCACUCUUGAUGGCAAUUUCGUUCCUGUACGAAGGACAACUGAAUUUCGAUCCGUCUGCAGAUGUAACUAAUAUGACCUGGGUUCAAUACGACAAACAUUGUUCAUCUGCUUCUGCGAAUAAUGUGAAGCAUCAAAUUGAAUGUAGUCAAUUGAAAGGAACUGCCAUUAACUGGAAGGGAACUAUCCAGUCUGUGAGGGUUGUGAAUAUUGACAACUCUUUCGAGACUUUGUUGGGGUAUCUACCUGAAAGUCUUAGUCAAACGCUUAGAUGUUUCUAUGACAGUAAUAGAACUGAUGCAUAUGUAUCAGGAGGAGUUAGACCAAAUAUGUGCUCUCUGACUGAGCACAACGUUUACACCUUUGAAGUAGAUGUAUCUGGUCCUUACGGGGAAAGAUCUUUAUCGAGUAGCAAAGGCCAAGUUGUGCUUCUGGCAAGUCAUGUGUUCUUCGAGCAGUUGAAAUUGGUUGAUGAAGGGGACGUAGUAAGAUUCGUGGGAUUUUUCGACCAAUAUCCUAUCUUCCGCUAUCCACCUAAGCUCAAGCUACUGCAACUGGAGUGUCUCAACUGUAAACAGUUUAACAAACACAAUAAUCGUCAACAUAGAAUUACAAAUUCGAAAUUGAGAAAAUCUGGUAUUUGGCACAAAAUAUUUGAUUCAUUUAGAUUCUGCUUUAACUUUGUAUUUGCUCCAGUUGUGGUAAUCAAGUAA